ACGAAACUCUUAGUGAGACAUUUAUCGAGUGAAUUUAAGUGCAUAGGGUGUUUUUCAAAGGCUACACUACGUUUUGAAAUUACAUCAAAAAAGGACAUUGUGAAAAAGGGAUUAGUCAAUAUCCCACGGUCAACAAUUAAUUACGUCAUUCUCUGAUUACUACAUUCAUCAGAAGAGACAUACUACAAGUCCGUAUUAUCCCAUGCGUAGCAAGCAACAAACGUUGGUACAUCCCGAAGAAGAUCUGCGCCAACCGCAAUUGUCCAGCUCUCGCAAUCUGCAGCUCGGCAAUCAUCUUCAGAAUUUGGUCCACGCGAAUAAAGAGCUAUCGACCGUGAAGACGAGGCCGACGACACCCGUCCUGGCGAACGACGGAGGGGGCGGCUUCUGGCUGGCCACGGUGGCCACGGGGGCAAGUACCCCAGCCGGGCUGCCCCCGCACGGAACUCAUCAUCCAGCCAUGGAUCCAACAUGUGGAUCUGCCGAAACCGGCUUCAUCAAUAGCCAGCCCUCCAUGGCUGAAUUUAUGACGGCAUUGCCACAAUUAGCUGGGGAUAGUAGCCUAGCACACUCACCGGGGACCGGUGGUUCCAUCAGUCCUGGUGCUCAUCAUCCCGCGUAUCAUACCAUGAUGGAUCCCCAUGGUGUCGCUGACCCCUCGGGUGUCAACGUUCCGGAGUAUCCCUGGAUGAAGGAAAAGAAAACUACUAGGAAAAGUAAUCAGCAAGAGAACGGUCUACCAAGAAGAUUACGAACAGCUUAUACAAAUACGCAACUUCUCGAGCUAGAAAAAGAGUUUCAUUUCAAUAAAUAUCUUUGUCGACCGCGAAGGAUAGAGAUCGCAGCUUCAUUGGAUCUUACGGAAAGACAGGUAAAAGUUUGGUUUCAAAAUCGACGAAUGAAACACAAGCGGCAAACACUUAGCAAGGAAGACGGAGACGAGAAGGAUGGUUCCACUUCGGACGGCAUGGAAAAGCCUAAGAGUGACAAAAUGUUAUCAGUUGAUAACGAUGAAAAGAAGAGUUGUCAUAACUGUGAUAUUUCGGGUGUGGGCGAUGUCGGAAGCACUCUUACUGGCGACGUUACCGAUUUAGGUUCUUCCGGUCGAAGAAACAGUAACAACAAUAACACUCCUGGUGCUACUAACAACAAUAACAACAACAACAGUAACCCAGGCUUUAACACGAAUAGCAACGGUGCCAGCAGCGUCGGUAGUACUAACAGUGUGUCCAGCUCGUUCGAAAAGAUGAUAGUGGACGACGAUUCGAGGUCGCAGGAUGGAAGUGAAGUGACAUCGCCGAGCGUGACGAAAAAAUUGUCAGGUGAAGUGAGAGUGAAGGUUGAGAGUGGUCACAAAAGUCCGAACACAGCGAAGCAACAACAGAUCUCAGUGAGCAAGAAAUCGCCAUCGGCCAGCACGAAGGACAUGUGUUCGGUGACAAGCAACGGUGUGCUAUUAGCUAUGCCGGACUCGACGGUCAGUACGCCGGUACUACCGGGUCAGAAUUCCACGAGGAGCCUAACUCCGUCCUCGACACCCGGUACUCCCGUUUCCGUCCAACUUCAACAAGGUAGCCCCCUCGGUAUCCAGCAAGCGGCUCACACAGCUUACAUGCAGAGACCGCGAAGCUCACCGUCCUCCACGACGUCCUUGCCAGGCCCAAUGUUGCACGCCCCUACAAAUCCGGGAACGAUGUCGCCGCACGGUGGCCGAAACAUCUCGAACAGCCAGCAAGCACAUUUCCAACAGCAAGGCGUAUAUCAGCCCACGCCGACCAUCGAUUAUCGAAACGGUGUACCCGCCAAUAGACAAAGUAUACCCACGGCGUCGCAACAGACCCAGUCGCAAAAUAGUUACUGCACCAGAGAUUCGUAUCAACAACCAAGAAUCUCUUAUCCAAGCGAGGUGAAUUCUCUAUACGUUAGACAAAAUCAAGCGGUGGGUUCGAGAAUAGCGCAUCACGUGAGAGCAACGGGCACAGCGUCGAGAUCAAUGUACGGCGCCAACAUGCAGUUUCAUCAGCAACAGUUGCAGUACGGUAGUACCGGAGAGUAUAACGGAUAUCCUCAAGCUGGACCACCUUAUCACGCUUAUCACAGAGGUAUGCAAGGUACCAAUGCGUACAAUUCCGGUCAGGGAUACUCGGCGACGCAGAACGAACAGAGUACCGACGGCUACAUGACGCCUGGAAAUUACGGUUAUUCAACCGGCAGCAAUUAUCAUGCAACCGGCGAGAAUCUAGCGACACACGGACACGCUGCUGUAUCCGCGCAAACCGGACAGCAUUAUUUCAAUGAUAUCCAACAACAACAACAACACCCACAACAACAUACCGCCGAGGGCUACGUCACGCAUCAGCCGCCAAUGCACCCAAGUUCCGGCGACUACCGACCCGGGAACAAGUGUCAUCCGGGCGCGUAUUAUGAGCAGACCGCCGGUCAGCUGCACGUUCAUCAGGGAGGCGAGGCCUCCAGCAUCCCAAAUAGUUACGUAUCGUCGCCCGAUCCGUUUCCGGCGCCCGGAAUGACGACAACCGCGACGGCGAUCGCAGCUGCUACCGCAGCAGUUAUUACGCCACCCGGAAGCGCCGGCCAGGCUGACGGUAACAACGAAUCUUAUGGCAAUUAUGGGAAUUUCUACGGCGAGCCGGUACACACCGCCGCGGCGCCGCCGCCAUCCGCCGACAACAGCAAUAGCUCGUCCGAUUUCAACUUCCUCAGCAAUCUAGCGAACGACUUCGCGCCCGAAUAUUACCAGCUCAGCUGAGUCCACGAGACCGAGAAUCCUUGCCAGCUGGAUUGGGGAGACGAGCAAUGUCUACUCAACGCUUUAUAUUGAAGCUAACACAUCUACGUGAUUUGUAUAUACUUCAACAUUUCGUAAUUUAACUUUGCGCGUAAAUGGAAAUAGUGUAAAAAUAAAAUGGGGACAAAAAAUACUAUUAACGGUGCGUGUGUCUAUAUAAAUAGAUCUAUAUAAAUAAAUCUAUUAUCCGACCUAAGUUGUCGAAUAUCCUCUAGUUUGAAGUGACUGUUCCCGUGAGUUGUGUCGAAAUUACUUUCAAGACUGGCUGCAUUCAAUCAAGACACUUGGACUGAUUUAUGGAAUGGUUGUACAUAAUAAAACCUGAAAUAUUUAAAUUAACUUCAAUAACUGCAAGCAUAUCUGAAGUAAUAAUCUGGAUUACCAGAAAAAUUGUUGACUGUUUUAAAAUGCAAGCCAAUCAGCCGAUAUCAUUAUGCAUCCGAGUGUAAUAUCAAUUUCAAUGUUACUUUCCAUGGACAAUAUGUAAUUGUACCAAUUUACAUUCCAAACAUUAAAGGAUGUUUCGGAAAUAUACAACAGUAACAACGAGUGCAAUGGUUGUGUUAAUUUUUAAUUGGAAUGAUGUUAACAGAGAAUUCCGGUAUUUCACAGAAUUUUUUAAACUGUGUGUUACAAAGUGACAUUUAUAUCACCAUCUUUUGCGAAACACGCUUAAUCGCAGAAGAUGAAAAGUGAUUUGUGAGUGAUAUUAGACUGAUAUACACGAGCUGUGGUUUACAAAUGAAGAAUGUUGUAAAUAUAUCAAAGAUUUACCGUUACGGAAAUUCGAUGGAAUUUCAAUUCAACGGUCCAAUUCUCGUGAAAGGAAACACGAGGUGUAAGUGCAAUCUUCUUGGCGCAAACGGUCUCUAUAUUAGUGCAUCGUUAGAGUGUUCGAAAACUAGAUUGUAUAGAUAACUGAAGCCAUGUUCCUUUUGUUUUCAUUAACUUAAGUCACCUGCACAAAGUAUAUAUUUUGAUUGGAACAUUUACCUUAUUUGAUAAUCUCGAACAAGAAUCUGACGAAGUUUUCAAAUUACACAUCCCACAAAUGUUUCAUUUUCACGUGAUAGUCAAUGAGAUAACAGAUUAUAUUUGAUUUAAAACGAUAAAAUGAGGCCUGAGACUGUAGGUGCAUGUGAGCAAUAAUUAACAAUGAAACUAUGUACAUAUAUAUCAUACGAAGAAUAGAUUAAUGGAA